AUGGGUUGCCCAGAGGUGAUGGUGAACUCUCUAAAGAAUAAACCUGCAGGGAAGCGCAGUGCAGCUUUUGGUGUCAAAAAGGCUAAAAGAGCAGAAGUGAAUUUCUGCCCAACAUACCCAUCAGCAGAAACUGAGGAAAGCCUGGAGGCCAUGCAGAAAUCUCUGCUUUCAGAGAUAAAGAAGAAGAACAAUCGAGAGAUAGUGAAACUCAAGAUGGAAAAGACCUUUGCCCUCCGAAGACACGAGGUUGUCCGUGAUGUACCGAUGGUAGAAGAUUUUAUGGCAAGGUGGCCUGCUCUCUUUGAUGUCAUUGAGAUCAACGCUGAAUUCAAAAGAAUCACCACCGUCCCACUACAGUCCAAGUUUAUGUCUCAGCUGGACAUCUACUCGGAGAACCUUUCAAGGCUGUUUCAAAAAAGAGGAGGUCAAGUAGGACAAAGGCUCAAAGCAGUAAUUGUAAAAAUGAGCGACGAUGUAGAUGCCAGCCGUGAGUGCAUUAUUAAAGGAGUCUGCAUCUACAUGGGUGAAGAUCCAGAAAACCUGCUCCAGGAAUAUGUGGUAUGUAUACAUGUGUAUUUCAUGGAUGAAGAGUCACUGAAUGACGCCAUUGAAGACACUACAGUAGGGAUAUAUAUCCAGAAAGAAGCUUCAAGUGCUGAGGCAGAGGACAUUGGAAUUGUCCUUGAAGGUAUCAAGGUGUUGCAGGAUCUGGACAAUGUGGCAUUGGCUGUGGCCAUGCUAUUUGGCCUCAUGUAUGCGCUCAACCUGAGCUAUCCUCCAAACCUCCGCUACACCUUUGAGCAGCACUACACGGCUCCGGGCUUCACCGACAGCUGGUCUCUGCAGCAGCUCUGUCACCUGGCUUUACCCCAUGCAUCCAAUGGGAAAAAGCCAGAGCAGGCCUGUAUAAUCGCUCCACGUAACCGAUUGGCUUAG